CUGCCCAGUCCCGCGGAGCGACGCGGAGCGGGUCCCAGCGCAAGCGCACGCCCCGGGCGCGUUACGUGGCGCGGGGGUCAUGGCAGGGAGCGAGCCGCGCAGCGGAACCAGCUCCUCCCCGCCGCCCCCGAGCGAUUGGGGCCGCCUGGAGGCUGCCAUCCUCAGCGGCUGGAGGACGUUCUGGCAGUCGGUGGGCAAGGAGAGGACUGUGCGGACGGCCUCCCGAGAGGAGGCGGACGAGGACACCAGCACCUUGACGCAGCUGCCGAUUGAUGUCCAGCUAUAUAUUUUGUCAUUUCUUUCACCCCAUGAUCUGUGUCAGCUGGGAAGUACAAAUCAUUAUUGGAACGAAACUGUACGAGAUCCAAUUCUGUGGAGAUACUUUCUGUUGCGAGAUCUUCCUUCUUGGUCUUCUGUUGACUGGAAGUCUCUUCCAGAUGUAGAAAUCUUAAAAAAGCCUAUAUCUGAGGUCACUGACAAUGCAUCUUUUGAUUACAUGGCAGUUUAUAAAAUGUGCUGUCCACAUACCAGAAGAGCCUCAAAAUCCAGCCGUCCUAUGUAUGGAGCCGUCACCUCCUUUUUACACUCAUUAAUCAUUCAGAAUGAACCACGAUUUGCUAUGUUUGGACCAGGUUUGGAAGAACUGAAUACAUCUUUGGUGUUGAGCUUGAUGUCUUCUGAGGAACUUAGUCCAACUGCUGGUUUGCCUCACAGGCAGAUUGAUGGUAUUGGAUCAGGAGUCAGUUUUCAGUUGAGCAACCAACAUAAAUUCAACAUCCUGAUAUUGUAUUCAACUACCAGAAAGGAAAGAGACAGAGCAAGGGAAGAACAUACAAGUGCAGUCAACAAGAUGUUCAGCUUACAGAGUGAAGGAGAUGACCAACAGGGAAACCGGUAUGUUGUAAUUCCACAGAUCCAGAAAGUGUGUGAAGUUGUAGAUGGGUUCAUCUAUGUUGCAAAUGCUGAAGCCCAUAAAAGACAUGAAUGGCAAGAUGAAUUUUCUCGCAUCAUGGCAAUGACAGAUCCAGCUUUUGGAUCUUCAGGAAGACCAAUGCUGGUUUUAUCUUGUACUUCUCAAGCAGAUGUAAAAAGAAUGCCCUGUUUUUAUUUGGCACAUGAGCUGCAUCUCAAUCUUCUAAACCACCCAUGGAUGGUCCAGGAUACGGAGGCUGAAACUUUAACUGGUUUUUUGAAUGGCAUAGAGUGGAUUCUUGAAGAAGUGGAAUCUAAGCAUGCAAGAUGAUCCUUCUUUUAGACCUUGGGAACUGAAACCAUUUGAAAUUUGUCACUAAGGUCAUUAUGUGUAUAUUUUCUCAGACAACUACCUUUGUCCUACCUUUUGUAGGUGGGCUUUAUAUUGUACAGCUACAACAGUUGUAUUUUUAUAUUAUGUUUACUUUUUACCUUAAAUCAAUUACAAGAAGAGUUUCAAUCCUAGUAUUUAGCCCCAAAUGAACCUUUAAAUUUUUUGAUAAAUUUUAUAUUUUAUGUCUUUACAAAAACAUUAAAUUCUGGAAAAAAAUAAGCCUGUAUUACACUUAUUCCUUGUGGUUUCUAUACUUUUCAGUACAAAGAUUUUCCUAGAGGGAAAUAGCAAAUUUUCUAAGCUUCCCAGAAGGUCUUUUCAAGAACUCAUAACUAGUUAUCAGAAAGGAAGCUUUUUGUUAUCCAUUUUUAAUAGUUCCACUUUAUAAAGAAUAAAGCUUUUACUAGAACUAUAUUUAAUAUUAUGACCAUACAAACUCUCUUCUUUUCUGAAAUAGUAGAGAGCAAGAUAAUAUUUAAUACUAGUUCAGUGAAAAACAGCUUUACUUGGCAGUUAUUAUUUUCAAAUAAUUUUAAAUGAUGUUAUGGUACUAGGUUAAAUUUUAUUUCAUAUCUAUAGAGAAAACAUUCCAGAGACUUACAUGUAUAUUAUUGCCUUCUACAAACUGCUUGCAUUUUGCAGAGGAAACACCCUACUAUCUUAUUAGAACUGGAGGAUUUUAAUAUUUUAUUAAAGGGAGCAUAAAUAUCUACAUGUUAUUUAUGUAAAUUCUAUAUUUAAAUUAAUUUCUGUUUUUGGAGAGAAAAUUUGUGACAUAUAAUUGCAUUUAGUGCAUUUAGUCUUUUUUAGCAGACCCACUCUCCAAAUAACCCAUUGACCUAUUAAUCCAAUCAUUAGGACAGAGCCCUAAUCAUCCCUUAAUGAUCUCACUUGGUCAUACUUCUUAAUAUCUCAUAAUGGAGAUUAUAUUUCAACAUGAGUUUCACAGGAGACAGACCAUAUUAAAAUUCCUAGCAGUGAUAUUAUUCUAAUUUUUUAGGUGAAGAAAUUGAGACAGAAAAGUGAAGAAUUCUGUUAUAAUUCAGUUCAUGCCAUUGUGUAUCUAGUAGAGAGGUCGUGGAGCCUGAAAAUCUCUUCACUUAAGUAAAAAAGAGCUAUAAGCUAUUACAAUCGUGAAUUAAAAAGUGAUUUCCUGAAUUCUAUGUUUCACUAAAUUCUCAUCAUUUCCCUAGUAGCACUAUCUAGGAUGACUAAAAGUAAAAAUAAUUAUAUAUGCAACCUCUGGAGAGCAAGAUACAAAUUCCAGCCAUGCCAACUCUUUAUCUGUAUGACCAUGAAGUCUUAAAUUCUGAAUCUCAAUUUUCUCAUGUACAGAAGGAGGAUCACUGUGUUUACCUUGGACUUAAGUUUUACCUUUACCAAGAACUGCCUGUAAGCAUCUUGGGAAAUAACUUCUCCUCUGUGGGAAGGCUUCAGUUUGACACUAACAUGCUCAGUGUUUAUGGAUUUUUCAGUGUCAUUCUCUGAAAUUAUUUCCUCCUGUGUGACAGCUGUUUCAUAGGUAUGUUUAACUAGUCAUGGAAAAAAUAAGCAUCAGUGUUUAAUCACCCAAAUGCUAUUAUAUUACCACUAUUGAAAAGUAAUGUGAAAAAUGUGCACCCCUCUAAAUGGUGUAUGAACUACAUGUAUUAAUUAGUAAGUGUGGUCUAAGUUGUGUCCUAACAAAUUCAUAUAUUAAAGUCUUAUCUCCCUGUA